CAAUAUGGUGGAUGACUUCCCGUGAUGUGGAAUUACGUUAGUUCUUCAAUCUUAUUCCUCCUCCGGGCGGUAUCAAAUUGUUUUCCCUCUGCACUGACUCACCAGAUCCUGAGAAUACUGCCCUAUCUUUUUCUUGGAUGCGUUUGUUAUGGAUUUGACGCCAUAUUUUUAAAAAUACAAGGAGAGUACGCCCCUUACAUUGGAGCUGUUGCUGACAAUGCCGCCCAUGGGAUCAUUGCUUUCUUCAGUUGGUGUAUCGUUUGCGAGAUCCACACCCGAAAACAUCUGAUUGAUGGGAUUCUUUGCGGUAUCAUUGCUUGUGCAAUUGAUUUAGAUCAUUUUAUUGCUGCUAAAUCUUUCAAACUUAAGGAUGCCCUUCAACUUAAAAACAGGCCAUUUCUUCAUACUACAACAGUUGUCUUCAUUGUGGUGCCAAUGUUACAGGUGUGGCUUGCACAGAACAAUUGCUUUCUUCGAUCCCUACCAUACUCGUUUACAGUUGGGGUUACUUCACACCACCUGCGAGAUGGGAACAGGCGUGGCUUAUGGUUUUGGCCCCUUGGGAGUACACCACCUCUGCCAUACUGGAUAUACAUAUGUUGUAUUGUUGCCCUACCUUUUAUUGUCAAAGAAACAAAAGCUAACAUUGACAAGCUGGUUGUUAUUCCUGAAAACAAUGUAGUCCUUCUGGAUGUAUGAAAAUUAACUGAAUAGAGCAAUUUAUCCAUUUCUUUUAUUCAAUAUAGGGACAUACUGACAAAUUUCAUUCAAAUACUUUCCCAUGACUUAAUACAACAGCUGCAUAACUCAAAAGGGCUUUAGCAAUAGAAAAGUGCAUAUUUUGCUUAGGGUUAUAAUUAGGGUUUGAGAAACUCAGGUAAAUAAACUGUAUGAGGAU